GCGGGCCCGUGGACCAGGCGGCGCGUGAGUACGCGGCCACCUGGCGGCCUUUAUUUCGGCGGCUCGUUUCUCAGCUGCCUUCGUGUGGUGGCGGCAGCGUCUUUGGCCAAAUCCUAUUUAUCCAGAGCCAGUGCAACGCAAGCCAUGGCGCGACGACCACGCGCAGCUCGCAGUAGUUUGAGCCUCCUCGUCCUCGCCCUGCUCUUGAUGCUGCAGCUCACUGCCGCCUCGGACAGCAAUCGCACAGAGGAAGCCGGUGUUCUCCACAGCGACACAAUUGCACCACCGACGCCAACUUCGACCGCCGCACCGGCGAUCCUGCACGUGACAGUCGCCGAGGGUAGCCCCAGUGGGCCAUGGAACCUCACCAAUAUCUUGACGCUCUCGAUUGGCUGCAUCGUGCUCGUUGCGAUUCUUGCCGUCGUCGCCGUCCGCGCAAGGAAAGGAUCCCGUACCGAGAAGAUCGAAGCCGGGCCGUACAGCUCGACAUAUGUGGGCGACGGGUCGCUCUACAUCCUCGAAGACCUCUCGCCGUGCCCCGUCAUUAGCUUGCGCCCGAGCGCCGCGCAAGAGUACCAGCCGCCGAGCCUUCGCGCGAAGCGCGGCCCACUCCCGACGGUGUCGCCGUUUCUGAGUACACAGCGCAUGUACAACCCCGUGUCGCUCCAAGGCACCGUGUCGAACGCGCCGGCACCGUACGUCGUCGAGACACCGGUGCAGAAUCCAAGCCUCUCGGAGAGCAUUGCGUCGUACCUCGACAGCCCGUUCCGGUUCGCGUCCGAGUGCGAGAGCGAGAGCACGCCCCGUGAGAGCGACGAGUCCCUCGAGAACUACGAUUCAUCAUUUGGCCCAAAUGAUACGAGCUUCACCAGCGUUAGUCGCUACCGCCUAUAAACGCACCACGUAUUAAUGUAUAGCCCUA